AAUGACUGAGUCAUCAGUAUUUUUGGUUGGUAAUAAACAAGAUUUAUGCCACAUGAGAGAAGUUGGCUGGGAUGAAGGACAGAAGCUGGCAAUAGAUAACAAGUGCCAAUUCUGUGAACUGUCUGCAGCAGAACAUUAUCAAGAAGUUGUGGCAAUGUUCACAAAAGUCCUGAGGACUAUCACAUCAAAUUUCAAAGUGAAGGAAAAGAGACGACCAAGUGGAUCAAAGUCAAUGGCCAAAUUAAUCAACAAUGUGUUUGGAAAGAGAAGGAAAUCUGUGUAA